AUCCCAACACUACCGCUGGCACAGAGCACUGUCCAAAUGGCUGCGUAGUGAUUGGUUUACCUACAAUUAGCUAGGAGUUCUGUGUCUAAACACCUGAUAGGUCAGCCUGAGAAAAAACCGUUCUGAUAGGUCAGCCUGAGAAACAACCGUUCUGUUGUUCAGAGGUUAGCUUUCAAAUGUCAACAAAGCGAGUCUAUAGCUAGCUACUAGUUUUGUUUUGAUGUUGUUGAGAUUAUGCCUCUCUAACCAAAUAACCAUGUAGCUAGAACCCAGACUGACUUUUCAUCUAUGCUAAUUGACUGUCUCCAUGUUGUUGUUCAGUCUUCAGAGUACAGAAUCGAGGCAGACACCUUCGGAGAGCUGAAGGUGCCUGUUGACAAGUAUUACGGGGCUCAGACAGUCCGAUCCACCAUGAACUUCAAGAUCGGAGGACCGUCGGAGAGAAUGCCAAUCCAGGUGAUCAAAGCCUUUGGGAUUCUGAAGAGGGCCGCUGCAGAGGUCAACAAGGACUACGGACUGGACCCGAGGCUGGCUGAUGCCAUCGUGCAGGCUGCUGAUGAGGUGCCUGAUACAGGGGGAACAGCCACACCACUACAGGAGAGGGUCGCAUGACAGACCAGCCUGGGU